CGAGCAGCUGUGAAGCAGACGUUUUUAUAAAAAGAGGGUUUUUUUUUUAUAAAAAAUGGGGUUUGUUGAGUCGAGGCGCGACACGUACAGUCUCGCCUCCCGGAUUGUUACUUGUUAGCGGUCUGUGGUUAUUGGAUAUUUCUACUGAUGUAAAAGUAAAUGAUCUCUCAUACAGACACUCGGUGUACUAAAGGACGGACGUGUGAAAUUCCUGUGUGAAUCAGCUGUGUUUUGUAGUGAAUUUCGUCGGACCCAGAUCAAUAUUUUUUUCUGGGAAAUGUUUGAAGCAUAAAGACCUUAAUGUCAAAAAGCGAGACAACGCUUCUAAAUCAAACGCGAUAUAAAUUUGAAAGUGUUUUCAAAAGUGUGAAAUCGAGGACUAGCCGGUCCUUGAUGAACCCGACAACUUAUAAUCCUUGCAUUCUCACUCUUUGUAUAUCGAAGAGACCCUGUCGCUAUUCUGCUAGAGAUCCAAGAUUAAGACACUGGUCAAGAGAACUUAUCGCCUCAACGUAGACAAGACACUCACGCUUUUUGAAAUCGAUUAUCUUCGUAAGAAGGUCUUCAACAAAGUAAGUACUGAAUAUCGUACUUCAACCUCGUGGAAUGGAAACGGAAAGACCCCGCGCAAAUGGAAUCCCAGGUAAAAUUAAACAUGAGCAGAAAGUACCGUCUGAAGAGGAGAAGGCUUCGUCGCCGCUGCUUAUUAAAACUAACGACUUCAAGUACAUAGACGCCGUUCAUGAUAGCAACACUGAUAUCAGAGACUUAGAUAAGGAAGAUCUCAAUUUAGUGAACUCUAUAAAAACGGAUGAUGGAAAGAGAGACAGUCUUAGUGUAGCGUAUAGUAAGGAUGACAAUGAUGAUGACGCGAAAUCUACUAACGACCGUGUUAAGUUUAUGGGAUUGGGAGACGUAGAUAGUAUUUGCUCGAGUAAGCCUGCUGAGCCAGAGCCUCAGAUACCCGAUGGCGGAUGGGGCUGGGUGGUCGUGGUAGCUUCAUUUCUGAUCGCAACUGUAGCAGAUGGUUUAGCCUUUAGCUAUGGGUUAUUACAGAGUAAGUUUGUAGAUUUCUUUGCGACAAGUGAAGCAAAGACUUCACUGAUCGGAAGUCUAUUCAUAUCGGUUCCACUUAUUGCCGGACCUAUUAUGAGUUCUUUGGUUGAUCGAUAUGGUUGCAAAAAAAUGACAAUACUCGGUGGAGUUUCAUCUACAAUUGGAUUUGUGGCUGCUUCGUACAGUAAUACCGUAGAAACAUUAUAUAUAACUUAUGGACUAAUAGCUGGGCUGGGAAUGGGCUUGCUUUAUGUCACAGCUGUAGUAUCUAUAGCUUAUUGGUUUGAGAAACGUCGCAAUCUAGCUGUCGGAUUAGGCUCUUGCGGCGUUGGAUUUGGAACGUUUGUAUACUCACCCUUGACUACUUAUUUUUUGGAUGAAUAUGGCUGGAGAGGCACUUUGUUACUCCUCGCUGGCACAGUACUUAAUGUGUGUGUUUGUGGAGCUGUAAUGAGAGAUCCUGAAUGGCUGAUAUUAGAGCAAAAGAAACGGAGGAAACUUAGUAAAGCUAAGAGAGCAUCUAGCUCAACUUCUAUAUCAGGAAGAUCGGGUAAAUCUGGUGGUGGAGAAUCAAUAUAUCCCGGCAUAGAUGAACUUAAAUCAUUAAUGCAAAGUGGUGAUACACCUGAAGAAAUCUUAAUGUCUUUAGUUACAUCAAUAGCAGAAGCAGAAAAUGUUGAAGCGGUUACCAAGAGAAAUGCUGAUAUUUCACAAUUGCAAAAAGGCAGUUCUGUAAUUAAUUUGCCAACAUUUUUGAAAAAUCAUGAAAGGGUGCCUAUUGAAGUACUGGAUCAAUUGAAAUCAAACGAACGCUUAUACAACAUUGUUUUACAAAAUUAUCCAUCACUACUUGCUUUGAGGACCUCAUCUGAAACUAAACUCCCAAUCGAAUCAGAUAAAAAAAAGAAUACUAAGGAUAAAUUAAACAAAAAAGAUAAAAAGGAAUUUGAGAAAAAACUGGAAAGCGCAAGAAACAAUUUACUUGUACCGAUACCUGAAAAUAAUGUUAUAUCUCCUAAAGCGGUUCGUCAAGAUUGGUUUACGAGACAGCUUCAAACGGAUCAUCAUUACCUUAGAGAUAUUCGGGUUCAUCGAAACUCUAUCAUGCAUCGUGGUGCUAUGAUGAACAUCGCCAAAUACAAGCUGCGUGCAUCAUCAUGUCCUGAUAUUUACAAGAACUCUAUGUGGUCGGUUGAGGAUCAAGAGGAAAAGACUUGGGGUCGCAGGUUUAUAGACAUGAUCAAUAAGACAUUUGACUUCAACAUGUUCACCGAAUUCCACUUCCUGAUGAUGAACCUGUCAACCAUUGUACUCUUCAUUUGGUUUAUCGUGCCGUACUUCUAUAUAUCCAAGUUUAUGGAGGAGAGUGGAUACACGGAAGCCGAAGGUGCGUGGAUGCUUAGUGUCUUCGGUGUCGCCACUAUCAUCGGUAUUGUCGGUCUCGGAUGGAUGGGAGAUCUGCCCUGGGUUAACAUCACUAAGACGUACGGCUUAUGUCUUGUUAUCUGCGGCGGAACAAUAGUACUCUUCCCAGUAUUAAUUCGAAUGAUGGAUCCUAAAGAGACGUCCAGUUUCUACGUACUGAUGGUGAACGCUCUGAUAUUUGGAUUGACCUUCUCGAGUUCAUACUCUUAUACUCCGAGUAUUUUGGUCGAAUUGAUAGCACUAGAGCGUUUCACAAUGGCGUAUGGAUUGGUCUUACUGAGUCAAGGUGUUGGACAUCUGAUUGGACCUCCUAUGGCCGGAGCUUUGCGUGACAGAACUGGAUACUGGGACGCCGCAUUCUAUGUUGCUGGUAUUUGGGUCGUCGUAUCCGGUUUGCUGGUUGCAGUGAUACCAUUCACGAAAAACUUCCGUAUAGUCGGCAAUGCCCCGUUGGCUAAAGACGCGGCAGGCGAGCCAGACCCAAAUGUUAAAAUUAUUAUAGCACACUAAGAAAUGUUUACAGAUUUCGCUACUGUUUGCUGAAGUAGAAAUAUGAUUUAGAUCGGGAUUGAAUAUCAAUCAUAUUAACAUACAUAAUAGUAAUAAUGUAAUUUUAAGGUUUUACAUAAUAUAUAUUAAGUAGAUAUACUUAUAUUGUAUUUGUAAUUUAAUAUGUACCCACAAUCUUAUAAAGUUAAUAGUUUGAUAUGAUUUUACUUAAAUAAUCACCUAUAAUAAUUAUUUAUAUGCAUAGCAGAUUAGUGGGUUACGGGUGGUAGAUAGGACCUACAGUCCGUUCACAUUUAUAUUGCCUCUCGCUGUAAAGUUGGCUAGCCCAAGCACUGUAUUGCUAUAAUAUUUGCUUUUCGAAAUAUUAUGACAUACUUCGGUCCCAGUGCUGUUGCUCUUAAAUUAUGUAUAAGUUUAAUAUACUUUAGUUUUAAAUACACAAGAGCUAGUUAUAUUUUCUCCAAAAUAAAUAACUUUUUAUUAUUGAUAACGACUAAUUACCUACGCAUUAAAAUUCUAUAAGUGAAAUAUUCAUUAUGUAAAUUAUUAUAACUUUUUGACUCAGAAAGCAGGUUAUUUUACCAAUGGGAAUUAACGGGUUUCACAAAUAGGAUUCCCCAGACUGUGCGAACCAUUUAUUUGAUUGAUUUAAGGGCUGACGUCAUGAUAAAUAAUACUAAAAUAUAAAACAAAGAAACAUUCUUAGGUGAGCGCUUGUUAGUGAUUCAACCUACCUUCAAACAGUUCCUUCAGACAUAGCUGAAGUAAUAAAAUUAAAUUAUGGAAGAAGCUACAUAAAAGUACCUAAUAUUUUAAAAUAAUUAAAUUAGUUAUUACAGCUGGUAAAAUGAUAUACCGACAUUACCAUAGUCGGUAAUACUAACAAUAGGUAGGUACUUUAGCCUUACAGAAAACCUGAUACGGGGAAAAAUCAAGCGUGGAUAACCCUAUUUUACAUACCUGGCAGCCACACGUUUAUGAAUAUUUUCAAAUGGAGGAGCUAAAAUAUAAUAGCCUUUUCACUUUCACAAAAUAGCAAGCGGUUAGCACAAUUUUUCUGUCGUUGCUUUGAAUGCAUAUAAUCAUGAUUUAUGAUUUAAAUAAGACCAAAAUAAUAGAAUAAUAAUUAAUCUGUACUGGAAUUGACACGAUACUAAUUGCAACCUAUAAACUCAUGGGCAGUUAAAAUGCGAGAGGCAAAAUAACUGUAAACAGACUAUAAAUACAUGUUAAAAAUUCGACCCAAUUUAAAUUGACACUAUCUAGAUAUAAUAUAUGGUAUUAUUAUGUAUUUUGAUGUGUGAGAGUGAUUUUUACUAUAGGUACUAGGUACUAAUUUAAUUUUUAUAGCACCUUCUUAUGAUUAAGCUACUGAACAGUACAUCUAUUAUAAUACGUACACAUAUGCCAUACUACGGUACCUAACUAUUUAUCCAUUUAAAGCCCCGGUAAAUACCCGAUUUAAAUUAUAAAAUUAUUACCUAUCGCUUAGGUAUUUUUAUAAAAUAUUUAAAGUUAUGUAAAAUUUCUACAAAUCUGUUAUUUUAUUUCUAAUAGGAUUGAAGCUGUUUGAUUAACUUUUAAGUAAGGUUUUUCGUAAGGACCUACUUAAUCUUAUAGCUGCAGGUUGCUAACCUUAUCUACUUACUCACUUUAUUUGUAUAUGUUUUUUAAUAUUGUCUUUCAAUAAAUUAAAUAAUACUAUGA